AUGACGGAAGCCUCCCACGAGGAUGGUUCCAUCCUGGGMAAGAAGGUGGCUGAGAACCUCACUGCUUUGGUGCUGGAUGUGAAGAUUGGGAYUGGCGCCUUCUUCCCAACCCUUGAGAGUGCCCAACAGUUGGCAGAGAGUUUGGUGUCGGUCGGGACCCAGCUGGGAAUAAACACUGUUGCGGUCUUCAGCAAGAUGGACAGCCCUCUUGGGCGUCGGGUGGGCAAUUCCUUGGAGGUGCUUGAGGCCCUGGAGUGCCUGGAUGGAGGGGGGCCCAAGGACGUCCGGGAGCUGGUGACCACGUUAGGAGGAACCUUGUUAUYGCAAUGUGYGAGAGCUCCCUCUGUGUCUCAGGGCUCUGCUCGCAUCGCCAAAGCCUUMGAUGAUGGCUCAGCCCUGGGUGCCUUCCAAGCCAUGCUGGAGGCCCAAGGCGUGGGCUCCAACACAGCUAAGGCCCUCUGCAAUGGAACGGAAGAGCAGAGACUCCAGGUGCUGGGAAGGGCUCGGUUCCAGGUCGCGCUGGUGGCUCCAUGCGAUGGGACCGUCCAUCAGAUCCUUGCUAUGCCCAUUGCUCAGGUGCUCCAUGCUUUGGGGGCCGGUCGCACGAAAGAAGGCCAGUGCAUCCAGCACCGGGUUGGGGCUGAACUUCUGGUCUCUGUGGGACAACGAGUGCGGAAAGGAAUGCCCUGGAUCUGGAUCCAUCAUGACAGCCUUGCAUUAGGUGAUGCCAACCGAAGCACCCUCCAGAGCGCCCUCAUCCUCAAGGACACGGAGCCCUUUGUCCCUGGACUGAAGGUGGUGAAAACCCUUCUCCCCCCAAAACAGUCAGAGGUCCCCAGAAAGACAGGCACUUAGGAUUCCCCUGGAUUUGCAGCCACAGACACGAGUGAUACCUGCAACAUGCACACUUCCACGGCACCCCUCUGCUCUUCCCCUGCCUGCCUCUGUGCUCUUCAAAUCAAACACGCUGGAUGGCUGUCUUUCAGCCAAGAGACCUUGGCAAGUCACUGUUUGUUAUUAUCACAACUUAUUUACAGCUACUCACACUCAGUCAAGGUGGAAGAGAAGGAUCAAACACAUGGUUGGCGCUUAUCUUUGUACUGACACCCCAGACAUUGCAUCUGUCUGACUUGACCGGAUGUGUCAUUCUGGCCUGCGCUCUCUAUGCACUGAGUGAUCUUAACCCUUUCGUUAUUCAUGCUACCAAGCACAUGUCUUGGGAAUGUCUUUUUCCUGGUAUGUAGUUCCACCAAUCAAUUAAUUAAAAACACUGAGGCUGAUGAGGAAAGGAAGGGAGCUGGAACCAGUUUCCAAAGGACAAAGGGGAGAUGUCCAAGACGCACUUUAUUUUACUGAACGACACACAGCUUUAUUUUACUGAACUCGAAGAAGUAUAUGAGAAGUUCGGCCUGUCAUUAAACAUCGAGAAAACCAAAGUGCUCUCCCUGCAGUCACCAGCCAAUCCCUCUCCAAUGCCAGAAAUACAACUGAAUGGUGUAACGUUAGAAAAUGUGGACCAUUUCUGCUACCUUGGCAGCCACCUCUCCACAAAAGUCAACAUUCAACACCGCCUGAGCUCUGCGAGUGCAGCAUUUUUCCGAAUGAAACAGAGAAUGUUUGAGGACCGGGACAUCCGUAGGGAGACCAAGGUGCUUGUUUAUAAAGCUGUUAAAUCAUCCAGGCGUCCCCUGGGCAACGUCCUUGCAGACAGCCAAUUCUCUCACAACAGGAGCAGUUACUCCUGACACAACAAAAAAAUAAAUAAAGCUGUUGUCCUCGCAACCCUGCUCUAUGCCUGCGAAACGUGGACUGUCUACAGACGUUACAUGCAACUCCUGGAAUGAUUACAUCAGCGCUGCCUCCGGAAAAUCCUGCAAAUCUCUUGGGAAGACAAGCGGACAAACGUCAGCGUGCUGGAAGAAGCAAAGACCACCAGCAUUGAAGCAAUGGUCCUCCACCAUCAACUCAGCUGGACCGGCCACCUUGUCCGAAUGCCCUACCACCAUCUCCCAAAGCAGUUGCUCUACUCCGAAUUCAAGAAUGGAACACCGAAUGUUGGAGGACAAGAUAAGAGAUUCAAAGACGGGCUCAAAGCCAACCUUAUAAACUCUGGCAUAGACACUGAGAACUCAGAAACCCUGGCCCUUGAGUGCUCCACUUGGAGGUCAGCUGUGACCAGCAAUGCUGUAGAAUUUGAAGAGGCACGAAUGGAGGACAAAAGAGAUAAAUGUGCCAAGAGGAAGGCACAUCAAGCCAACCCCAACCGGGACCGCCUUCCACCUGGAAACCAAUGCCCUCACUGCAGGAGAAGUUGCAGGUCAAGAAUAGGGCUCCACAGUCACCUAUGGGCCCACCGCCAGGACACUACACUUGGAGGACCAUCAUCCUCAGGCUAUGAGGGAUCGCCCAAGUUAUUCUAAGCCACAUACAGUUAUACCCCACUGGGUGUGGCUCAACCCUACUUCCUGAUCUAGAUUAGCAGCUGCACAUGAUAAUUAAUAGAUAAGGCUUUCUUUAGCACACACAUAUACUUGGUGCUGCUGAUCCUUUUACAAUUCACUGUAACAUCCUCUUGGUGCAGCCUAGAAUCACAUUGGCCCUUUUAGCUGCAGCAUCACACUGUGAACUCAUGCUCAGCUUGAGGUCUACUAAGGCAUAGGCUGUUUACAAGCCUAUUCUAUAAAUAUGCUUUUUGAUUUUUUUAUAUACCUUACAUUUCUCCCUGUAUCCAUCCAAAAUGAAUUUCGUUAGUUUUGGCCCAAC